GCUGCGGGGGUGUCGGGUUAGAGCGAGGCGUGACCCAGCUGACGGGCGCCGUGCGGAGCCGGGCGGCGGGCGCGGAGCUGAGGCGGCGGGGAGCGGGAGCAGCGGCAGCGGUAUCAGGCAGCGACGCGCGGCGUCGGUAGCGCUCGGCUCUGGCGCGGCGUCUCCUCCACCCCCUCGUGAGCCUGGGGAACCUGCAGCUUAAAGCCGCUGCCAGCCACACCACCAUGUACCCCGGCAACAAGCGGAAAAAGCUUUGGCAGGAGGAGAAAGAGCGUCUGCUGAAGAUGACCUUGGAAGAAAGACGCAAAGAGUACUUACGGGAUUAUGUUGCUUUGAAAAAUAUUCCAACAUGGAUGGAAGACUUGAAAAGUAAGAGUGAAGGUGAUGGUGAAAACGCCAAAGAAGAUCUGCAAGGGAAGAAAAGCCUGAGCGAAAAAGUUUCUCUCUACAGAGGUGACAUUACACUGCUUGAGGUCGAUGCCAUCGUUAAUGCUGCUAAUUCCACCCUUCUCGGAGGUGGAGGAGUGGAUGGCUGCAUACACAGAGCUGCUGGGCCCUGCUUAGUUGCUGAAUGCCGCAACCUGAGUGGCUGUGAGACCGGACAAGCGAAAAUUACAUGUGGAUACGACCUACCUGCAAAAUAUGUGAUCCAUACUGUUGGGCCGAUCGCAAGAGGCUAUCUCACCGACGAUCAUAAAGAAAACUUGGCAAGUUGCUAUAAAUCCUCUCUGAAACUGGCAAAAGAAAACAACAUCAGAUCAAUUGCAUUUCCCUGUAUUUCAACAGGAAUUUAUGGUUUCCCAAAUGAGCCUGCUGCUGUCAUUGCCCUUAACACUAUUAAGGAAUGGUUAAGCAAGAAUCAAAAUGAGGUGGAUCGUAUCAUCUUCUGCGUCUUUUUGGAAGUUGACUACAAGAUUUUCAAGAAGAAAAUGGGCGAGUUUUUCCCUCUAGAUGAUGCUAAUGAAGAUGGGACUAAGCUGAAUGAAGAGACAGGAUUGGAACAAAAAGGCCAGCCUCCAUCUCCCACAAAGAGCAAAGCAGAGCAGCCUGAGGACCUGCAAGAUGAUGCUAAGGGUGGUAACAGCACAGAGGAGAAGCAAAACACCGAAGAAAUGGAGGCCCAGAGCGGAGAAGCAGAUGAGACGAAACCUUCAGCUGUAGCCAGCCUAUCAUCAUCAGAAGAAAUAGAGCUAAGCGAGGAUAAAGACUCCCUGAAAGACUCCAAAGGCGCACAGGAGAGUGACCCAGCUCAUCCCAUGGGGUGUGAUCAAGAUCAAGCCAAAGGACAACAGGAUGUUUUAGCAGAGGAGGAGAUGAAAACUGGGACAGAUUCCCAAAGCUCAUGCAUGGAAAUAGAAGAGCCAUUGUUGAACCAAGAAGAAACAACAGAAGUUGAGAUGCCUUUGAUUCAUGGUGCAGAGGAAAAAGAAGAAGGAGGAAAAGAAGAAGGAGGAGGGAUGCAAGAGAAAGAGGAAACAUCUGCAGAGCCUAUGAAAGUUGACCUCGCAUGUGAAGCGGCAGACGUUUCAAAUAAAGAUGCUGAAAUGAAUAGUCAAGUUGAAAGUAUAAAUGAUCCUAAGGAAACAGAGAGGGAAGCUUAAGUAACAGGAAGAAUGCAGGAGAGGAGAGACCCGAGGAAACCUGACGGGCAGGCGCUGACAUCCUAUGGCAUCAUUCUUGGCAGAAAAGAGCACGCAGAGAUGCUCCACGGGUUGGGAGGGAGGGAGCUUUGGGGGAAUGACUCUUUGCUUUAAUUUCUCUUUGUUCUUCAUUGCAUUUUGUUCUGUAAGCCUGUUAGAAAGAAACAUAACUUCCGAGUUCUAACAAUGUUUUGCAAUUAUCCCUGCAAUUACAACAGUUUCUUCUGAACUGUGGUCCCUGUCUUAUAUUGGGUCUCUUUUCCUCCUGCAUCGUAUCAUGAGUAGCCUGUUUCCAGGCCCACCCCUUUUCUAGCAUCUUUAUCUUGUUUCCCAGUUAUGGUACUGUCUGCAGGCAACCUCUGGGAGCCAGCUUAGUGUCCUUCCCAUGCUUCCUUUUUUUUUUUACACUGUUCCCUAGGAUAUAAAUGGAAAUCUUCUUUGAGAACAUGAGCUGCCACAAAGGAUUAUAAUCUGCACACACUGAUAAACAACCGCCCUCUUUGUGCUAGGGAUUCGAAAGACUAGAUGCUCCAAACUCUCAGAAAUAUUGAUACGGACAGCCCUGCAUGUUGCCCACCUCCAGGCUUGUCGAUGGGCAGCUCCUGCUGGCACCAGACAGCAGGUCACCAUGUCCAAACCCUCGCUGCUGGAAGAGGCACUGGCCGGAUUCCCUUGAGUCUGUGCUAGAAGCAGAGUUUGCGCAUUAACUUCAUCAUCCCAAUGCCUCGGGGUCGCCUGGGGCUCUGUCCUUUCCCUUUCCCUCUGGCAUGAGAAAGCUAAACUAUGACCAGCCUGCAUGGUUCCAUCUCCUUCUGUGAGUCCUACACAUGAAUAACUCACUGGGCCUCAAGCAAAUCAUUCCUGCUCUUACCCAUAAAAUCAGUGCCAUAAGUAGGAGCUUUAGGUAUGGGUAGGCAACAGAUAUUUCCUCAAUCCUGCAAGUGACAGAGGAUAACAGGCACUCUGUAUUCAAGGCAUCUUUAAAUACAGCUCCCGGCUUUAACAACUUCACACCGUAUCUUGUGUAAGCCCUCAUUAUAUCUUCUGCUGCAUAUGCAUGAUCUCUUCCUUUUUUUUAAUUUUUACAAAAAAGCAAUUAACAGCUAUUUUGUCUCACCAUAUGUCAAUUGUUCUGCCAGCAAAUGCUGCGCUGAGAUUUUUAGAAAAGGAACAAAAGGGUUUCACAUACAUUUCCCAACCAUGCUGUAACCAAAACCGAUAGACAGUACACUCCAUGGAAGAGCACACAACCCGUGUCCAGGUUGUUUUAAAAUACUGCCGAUUGAUUGAUAAGAAUUUGAUCAUUUUAAGCAAGGUAAUUGAUUAUGUUCUUUUUUCCCCAAAAUAUGCAUAAAUCCCAAAAUAAUUAUUUACUACCUGGCCCAAAAAAAAGGGGGGGGGAGGGGAUGGGGAAGUAAAAACCAGGUAAGAGUUAGCUCCUGUGAUGUAGGUUUAUCCCAGCCAGAAUAGGUUUGGGGAUAAAUCAUCUUCUGGUGUAACAGCAAGUCAAAUGUGGCCAAAUGCACCUAGCACUGGCUACAGCAGUUGAUGGCUCCCAUCAACAGCAGGUUGGUUAGAAAGGGUGUCAGGACAAACAAGGAUUAAAAAGGGAAGCAAGAAAAGCCCCAGAUUUCACCUGGAGAGUAUGGCCCCUAGAAAGGCUGCCCCUGCCUGCCUAUGUGCAGCUCCAGCAAGUUUGCUUGGGGUGAGAUCUGGAGAGUAUUUCUGUGUGCCAGCUCCUGUGGCAUUUUAACCCAGGUAGCACUUAUGCUGGAGAAGAUCUUGAGGAGCUUCAUCAUCAUUAUGUAUUUGUCCUGGAGGUCAGUGGAUGCAUAACUCUGUAUUGGAUCGACUGUGGAAAGAGUAAAUGAGCUGAUGUAAAAUCCUAAGAAUUGGGUUUAUAAUAUUGCUAAGUUUACCUAAAUUUGCUAGAUACCGCUCCUCUGGCCCUUGUCCUCCUCUGAGCACCCUUGAAAGGACUCCUCUUGCGGUGUCUCUGUGGUGUCUCUGCUUUUCUUUCCCCUCCCUGGGGUUAUGCUUGACAGAACAUGUCUUUUGGAACAUGUACUUUUUUUUCCUGCUGUUCCUUCACCUUGCUUCCAGCCAAUUGCAGUUUUUUUGCAGUGGGAGACCUUACAGGUAGUACAUCUACAUGGUGUGCAUCCCAUAUGUUCCUGUAUGUUUUCCAUACUGGGUAACUUUGAAACAGCCUGUCCUCAUGGGUGGGGCAGGAGUGGAUAAAUACCUGGGGAGGAAGGAAGUAAAUGCACUGGGCAUCUCUCCUUUCAAUUCCUGUUUUGUGCUGUGGAAAGACCAGGAUUGAAGGGCUCCCUCCAUGUAGGUAAGUGAAGGAAUUAGCCCUGCAGGGUGGGGAAUGAACUGGGCAAGCUCGACUUAGAGCUGUGUGAAAUGUUGAGGAGAUCCAAGGUGAGCAGGUUAUCAGGUGCAUCGCAUCAGACACUAAUCCCUGACAGUAAUUUCAUUGCCCUUUUCAUUUAACCUUGGUCCUCAAACAGCAGUGAGUCUUUGAAACCAUGAACCCAAGGACGGAGCAGCAAAGCGUGAAGCUCAGGUAGGAAGUGUAAAGUAAGGAAACACAGAGUUGAUAAAGUCCUUACAGGGCAAUUUGCAGCUGUGUCUCUAGGUGUUUUUCUUCAGGUGUGUUUUGGUUUGAGUUGUGGGGGUUUUCACUAGCCAUAAAGUGAGUAUAGUUUGGCAGCAUGAUUUCUUCAGCUGAGUUAGUAGUCGAGGCUAGAGCUGUGCCCCUCAAUGCAGUCUCCACCACUCUUGCUGGAGCUGCAGAGGUACAGGGAGAUGGUUUUGUGGAAGAGCAAGAUUCAGAUCAAAUCACCCUGCAGGGACUUAUGCCAAGGAUUUUGGUUUAAACCCAAAAUCUGUUCGCAGUAGGUGGCAUAAAGGGAAUAGCAGCCCUUUGGUGCUGACGUUUGCAUACAAGAGUAUCAGGCUUUGCUUGGUGGUUGUUCCUCCUAUGUCUGGAAGCACUCAUCCCUACCAUUAGCACGAUAUUCCUCGGGCUGUGACUGCUGCAAUGACGAAUGGGUUUCCUUCCACACAGACAUCCAAAGGGGAUGUUUGAGACGCAGUCUGUAAUAACAGGUCACAUGUUUGCUGCAACUAAUUGUCAAUCUUUCUCUAAAGCACUGAGAAAGCCUCUCUGUGAAUUAACACUGUUCUGCUUUAGGCACUUGAAUAAAAAUAUAAUUAAAACAACAACAACAACAAAGACUUUUCUCUAUAUGCAGUGCAUGCCAGCUUUGCUUCUGGAAUUACAAACUUCUUUAACAGUAUGCAGAUCUAUUUUCUUGGGGAAUAAGGGUUUUUAUCAUAUGGUUCAUCCAGGAUUUGCCUUACCCUGACAUUUGUGAUAAAAAGGAAUGUUUGAAGAAAAUAAUAAUUUAAAAAAAGGUAAUUUUAUUGAUCCAAAAAAAUGUUUUUACUUCAAUGCAACGUGGACUGUUGCUUGCAAAAUGUCUUCUAAUAGAUGGUCUAGCACCUCUAUCAAUUAACACAUGCCUCUUCUGUUACUCUCCCACUCACAUGCUGAAUUUGCCUCGGAGUCUUAUUUUUCCUUUUGUCUGUGCCACGUAUUGGAGAACUUAAAGAACUGAUGCCUUCGUACUAUGAUGUUUGUUAAAGCGAAACAUUAAUAAAGCUUGUCCUGAAGCCAA